CAUGGACUCUGACUCAGUCCCCACAGACUCUGGCAUGGUCCCUUGGUUGGAGAGGCACCGGACUCUGUCCUUGGUCUUGACAUUCACCCUCGUGCUGCUGCUGCGGCAAGUCGUCAAGCUCUACCUCCGGCACCAGGGACUGCUGCGAGCCCUGCGACCCUUCCCAGGACCCCCGACACACUGGCUCUAUGGAAACCAGAAGAAGUGUAACCUGGAAGAACUAGAGAUGUUCAAGGAGCUGCCCAAAAAAUACCCCAGUGCUUUUUCUUUUUGGGUUGGACCCUUUCAUGCAGUAUUACAUAUCUAUGACCCAGAAUAUGUGAAGACGUUCCUGAAUCGAAAAGAUUUAAAAUGCCCGGUGAACUACAAAUUCUUAAUCCUCUGGCUUGGAAACGGCCUGUUGCUCCUGCACGGUGAGACUUGGCAUCACCACCGGCGCCUGAUGACCACAGCCUUCCACUUCAACGUCAUGAAUGACUACUUCUACCUAAUAAAGGACUCAAUCUGCACGAUGCUGGAUGAAUGGGGAAAACUCAGAACUGAGGAUAGUUCCAUGGACAUCUACCAGUCUCUCUCUUUAAUGGCUUUGGACAGUAUCCUGAAGUGUAUAUUCAGUGUCCAAGAUUUCUGCAAGGAAAAAAGCUUCUCGACCACCUACCUCCAGAAUAUAUCCAAAAUCUCAUCUUGCAUCUAUGAGUGCCUUCACACCUUCUUCUAUUACAGUGAUUUCAUUUAUAAGCUGAGCCCUGCCUGCCAGGAGUUUCAAGCUCUCUGCCAAGAAGUAAAGAAGCAAUCUGCUAAAAUCUUCCAGGAUAGGAAGGCAUCCCUCAAGAGUCCAGAGAAGCAGAACAAGAUUCAAAAGAAGAAGAAGUACCGGGAUUUACUGGACAUUCUCUUCCAAGCCCAAGGCACAGAGGGAGGAGGCUUUACAGAUGAAGAAAUAAUGGACGAGAUCAAUACAUUCAUGUGUAAUAACCAUAACACCUUGGCCUCUGGACUGUCCUGGAUCUUAUACUGCCUGGCAAUGAACCCAGAACACCAGAAGAAAUGUAGAGAGGAGAUCCAAGGUAUCCUGGAAGACAAAGACUCCAUAACCUUGAACCACUUGAACCAGAUGCCCUACAGCGCUAUGUGCAUCAAGGAGGCCCUCCGCCUCUACCCACCUGUCCCUAGGAUAGCCAGGGAGUUCAGCAAGCCCAUCACCUUCCCAGAUGGACGCUCCCUCCCUCCAGGUAUGAUAAUUGUCCUGAACAUCUGGGCUCUUCACCACAACCCUGCUGUCUGGGAAAAUCCACAGGUCUUUGACCCUGAAAGGUUCUCUCCAGAGAAUUGCAAUAAGAGAUAUUCUUAUGCUUUCUUACCAUUUUCUGCUGGACCCAGGAACUGCAUUGGGCAGCACUUUUCCAUGAUUGUAAUGAAGAUGGGACUGGCCCUGAUAUUGCUCCGCUUUGAGCUAUUUCCAGAUCUUGAAAAGCCUCCCAUCUUCUCUUCCCAAUUGACCCUCAGUUCCAAGAAUGGGAUUAAUCUGUAUGUGAAGCCACUUCAUUAGCCCAGCUGUCCUAUGGUGCUUGAUAUCAUGAUCUUCAGCUAUAGUCUUGGUGGAUGGAGUAGGCAGAAGGCUUCAAUCCUUUUCUCUGUGGUUUUGGAGUGAAUUAUAUAAUCCUAGAUCUGGGCAAUGGCUGAGGGGCUGAGGGUUUCUGGGGCCAUGCCUUCCUAAUUUCUUUUUUCCUGCUCAAACCACUAUUAAUGAUGAUGAUGAACCUGGGUUCUCUGAAUUCUCACAGCAAUAGACCAAGGCUAGGGGGUCCUCCAGUGCUGAAAAAAAAAUACUCAGGGAGUGGGAAUUUCAACACCAAUAAUCCAAAAACCAGAUAAUCAAAUGUGACAUGACAAGAACAGGCAUGGUUUUUAGGGUGGGAGUCCAGGUAGGGCUUUUCAAGACAGUGAAACACCUAGAACUGGUGGUGUCUCUCAGAGAUGUGUGGUGGGAAGGAGAGUUGCUGGAAUCUACUGGAUUGCCAUUGCAAUGACACCAGGGUAGGAGUAGGCAGGGGUGGGGGUUGGACUCAUUCCCUCCCUACCAGACUGAAUGAGAGUCAAAAAAAAGUUCAGUUCAGAAGGAGAGCAAGCCAUGUGUGGGUUGUUACUCCACUUGGGGUUGGGGAUGAAAAUCAAGAAACUUUCAUCAGGAGUAAGGACAUCCAAUGAAGGCUGUGGACUUGAAGCUGGAUAGGUGGCUAGCAUUCCAGUAAUGGUCUCUGCUGUACCAGUCCCUUCCUGUACCUCCAAGGAGGGAUGCAGCUAGAAUGGACUUAGCUUUGUUGAAACGUUCUUUCUGGGGGAUCAGAUAAAGAUGACAAAGUGCCUUAACUCUCCCAACCUCAUGCCUUCCACCUGGCCACCACAGUAGACAUUCACUCCAAAUUUUUUCCUGUUCUUCAUGUUUGCUAAGUCCUGAUUUAAUUAUACCAUAA